CUUACUUUCCAUCCAUUAGCAUUCUUUUUGACAUUUUCUCAAUCAAUAUUGUGUUGAAAACCGGUCUAAAAAUGGUGGUGGGAUUGCCGAAUCCGAUCAAGUCCGAAUCGAUUCAGUUCAUCGAGCUACCGGUCAUCGACCUAUUGGCAGAGAGACUGAAUGUGUCGAGCCUCAUUAUAAAAGCAUGUGAACAGUUCGGUUUCUUUCAAGUCAUCAACCAUGGAGUCUCGGAGGACACCGUUGCCCAAAUGGAACAACAAGGUCUCGAUUUCUUUGCAAAGCCAGUUUGCGAGAAACAAAGAGCCGGACCGGCCACUCCUUUCGGUUAUGGUCGGAAGAACAUUGGGGUCAACGGUGAUGUCGGAGAAGUUGAAUAUCUUUUGCUUGAUACCAGCUCUUUAUCCAUUUCUCAGAUAUCAAAUUCCAUCUCCAAUGACCCCAAAAUGUUCAGCUCUGGCGUGAGUAGUUACAUAGAAGCAGUGACGGGGUUAGCAUGUAAGAUAUUGGAUCUGAUGGCAGAAGGGUUGAGGGUCCAUGAUGCAUCAGCGUUUAGUAGGAUGAUCAGAGCCGUCGAAAGUGAUUCCAUCUUCAGGCUCAAUCACUAUCCACCCAUUCUCUGCAAAGACAACAACACCAAGGUUGGGUUUGGGGAGCAUACUGACCCUCAGAUCUUGACCAUCUUGAGAUCCAACGGCGUGGGUGGCCUGCAGAUUGCACUGGCUGAUGGUGUAUGGGUCCCUGCUCCCCCCAACCCUAAUGCCUUUUGUGUUAAUGUUGGUGAUGUUUUACAGGCAAUGACUAAUGGGAGGUUCAAGAGCGUGAGGCACCGAGCAUUGAGAAACUCCUACAAGCCUAGAAUGUCCAUGGCCUAUUUUGGGGCACCACCCCUCCAUGCAUGGCUCACCUCCGCAGAGUUGGUCACACCACAAAAGCCUUUGCUUUAUAGACCUUUCACUUGGGGUGAAUUUAAAAAUGCUUUAUAUUCUCUAAGACUCGGAGACAAUCGUCUUCAUCUUUUCAAAAUACAUAAUUCAGAGUAUAAAGUCGGAUAAUCAAUUUGUAUCUUAUUAAAAAAGUUUCAUGGUAGAUGAGAAGUUUGUUGAA